AAAAGUUGUUAACAGUAAUGCAAAACCGCUUCUAGUAAAAAGGGAAGUUGCCAUGGUUGAUCUCAAAGUCGAGGAGUUGUUCGUCUCUGCUGGCAUCAAUCCGCGUUCUCAUUGUCUAGCAGCUUGUAGAAGCAGCGAUCAGUUUGUUUAUGCAUCAAAUGGACAAGUAAUUCUACAAAGAUUUCCCGGGACAUCUCAUGGUGUGAUAGAAGCUGUAUCAGAACGUCAUCAUAAGUCCCAAAUCACUAUCUUGAAGCGGAUUACUUUGCUGGGACAAACGUUCUGUGCAGAUAAAUCCACUGAUUUAUUCGUCAGUGGUGGCGGUGAUGGUAACGUAGUUCUGUAUGAGACGAACUCAUCUCCUUCUUCUGUUAGUCACAUCCUCACAUUAGAUGGUCCCAAAGGUUCUAUUGGCGCUCUAUGUGGCAUCCUAUGUGGUUUGAGACUUAUCAUCGUUGCUUCUUGGGUUGACGAAACGACCUCUGGAGUGCGAGUGUGGUGGUUGAACUAUGCGGAGUCAACAUUUUCUGUCUCUCAUAACUAUGACGUUUCUGAUUUGGGGAAUGCAUUUGUUCUUUCUGCCGAUUUAGAAAAGUUGUCAAAUGGUCGCAUUCUAAUGGCGUUUGGCACUACCAAAAGAACGAUCGAACUAUACUGUGAGACUCUUUGUGAAAAGGAAGUCAAGUCGGUAUUGUCAUUGGUCGGCCAUGAUGACUGGAUUCAUUCGCUGUCCUUCAAUCAUCAAAUUCCAACCUUGCUGGCGACGGCAGGUCAAGAUACUCAAGUAAAGCUGUGGCGCAUCGAUAAAUUGGCCAUAUCGGAAGAUGUUGCUGAGAUAAGCGUCUUCAAGAAUACGUUCACCAUUGAAGGUUCAAACCCUGGUGAUCCCUCACUAACAUUGUCGGUUGGAAUAGAAUCUGUCCUUACGGGUCAUGAUGAUUGGGUGCAAUCGGUUGACUGGGACAGCGAAGGUAAAACACUUGCCACUUCCUCGAGUGACAAAACCGUGAUAGUUUGGAAGGAAACCACGGAUGGACAACUUUGGACAGACACGGUAAGACUUGGAAUAAUUGGUGGACAAGCUGCUGGGUUCUACUCUGCUGUCUUCUCUUCCGAUGCUCAGCAGAUAGUGGCAUCCUCUUAUUUUGGAGGCUUGUACGCGUGGACAGCUCCCAAGACGGAGGAAGACUUGUGGAGUGCAGCACCUGUCUGUAGUGGGCAUGUGGGCGCAGUUCGUGAUCUGGCAUGGCAUCCUCAAGGAAAAUUCGUGUUUUCGGUCGGUGAGGACAAAACGACCAGAGUGUAUCUGAUGCAAAAGAAGGAGUCUGCAUUUGUUGAGGUAGGGCGCCCUCAAGUACAUGGGCACAGCAUGCAAUGCAUAGCAGCAAUCUCAAGAUCAGUUAUUGUUACCGGAGCGGAGGAGAAAAUAUUUCGUGCGUUCGAAGCUCCUGGAACGUUUGUGAAGAGUGUUGUUAACAUUGGCGAACUCGACGAGAAAGAGGUCUUCGGCGAGUUUGUGCCGGAAUACUAUGGAGCUAGAGUGCCUGCGCUGGGACUUUCGAACAAAGGAUUGCAAGAAACCCAAGAAUCCCAACCUGAGAUGAAUGGUGAUGCUCACUGGGAAGAGGGCGCAUUCCAGGCAUCACCUAUGGAACUUUUUGGUCCACCGACGGAAGAUUGUCUACAACAGAACACACUGUGGCCAGAGAUCCAGAAGCUAUAUGGUCAUGGCUAUGAGGUCUAUGCCAUUGCUACUAAUCCAUCCGGCACCGUGCUCGCUACAUCGUGCAAAGCAAGCCAAGCUGAAGAUGCUGCCAUUGUUCUUUGGGACACGUCGGACUGGGGCAAAAAAGCGGAAACUCAUGGACACACGCUCACCGUGACGCAGCUUGAAUGGAGUCCUGAUGGCAAAUUGCUGUUAAGUGUCAGUAGAGAUCGAAAAGCAAUACUUUACAGAGAACACAGCGGGAAUGUCGAUGGAUUUUUAUACGAGAAAGCUUGGUCAUCUGGUAAAGAGCAUUCAAGAAUUAUUUGGUCAUGUAGUUGGUUGAACGAUUCUCAGCAUUUUCUUACAGCUUCCAGAGAUAUGCAGAUUAUUCUUUGGGAAUGUUCCGAGUCAUCCGCUACUGUUUUGAGCAGCUAUAAAUGCCCUCAACCUGUGACGAGCGUUGCUGCCGGCUAUGGCAUCCAAAUAAGUGAUACGAUAGUAGCUGCCGGACUACAAGAUGGAUCUCUUUUGUUUCUACAUAUCAAUGAACAACAAAAGCUGGAUCUUAUACACAAGCUUCAUAUUCCUCCAAUAAUCGUCGAUCAGCCAAUACUGCGAUUACGAUUCAACCCUGUAGAAGGAAAUGUUCUGGCCGUUGCUGGAAGCGAUGGAACAUUACGGAUAUUACGGUUGCAGAUGUAGUCGCAAGAAAACGCAUUGUUAUCACAAAUUGUUAUUGACGU